UAACGCUAACACAGUUGCGGCGGUUCACUCGAGCUCCGGCGACUCCGACGUUCGAUACUUGCCUGUGCAGUCGUCUCUCUCAAAGAUGCAAUUUCUGGUCGGAUUCCAUAUUUCACCCUUUUCUGAGAAGGUGAAGAUGAUAAAGAAGGAAGAGCCAGUAAUGGCGAAGAAUCCAGAAGAUGUUCCUGUUUACUGGUUCGAGACUUCCGAUACUGUCUCUCACCGUUUUCAGUUCGAAUCCGACGGCCACCUGUCUAUGAAAGUUGUCGAUGAUGCAAGACCUGUUCCUCAGAAGAUGGUUGAAUCUUUCCUUAACAAGUUCUUUCCUUCGGGAUAUCCAUACAGUGUGAACGAAGGAUAUCUUAGGUACACACAGUUUCGAGCACUUCAGCAUCUCUCGAGUGCAGCAUUAUCCGUGUUAUCGACUCAGUCACUGCUAUUUGCUGCAGGCUUGCGGCCUACACCGGCUCAAGCAACCGUUGUUAGUUGGAUUUUGAAGGAUGGGAUGCAGCAUGUGGGAAAGCUGAUUUGUAGUAAUUUGGGUGCAAGAAUGGACUCUGAGCCAAAACGGUGGAGAAUUCUAGCUGACGUGCUCUACGAUAUUGGUACUGGUCUGGAACUCGUUUCUCCUUUGUGCCCACAUCUGUUUCUUGAAAUGGCUGGUCUUGGGAAUUUUGCGAAGGGAAUGGCUACGGUUGCAGCAAGGGCAACAAGAUUACCGAUCUAUUCAUCUUUCGCCAAAGAAGGAAAUCUCAGUGACAUUUUUGCCAAAGGAGAAGCUAUCUCUACUCUUUUUAAUGUUGCUGGGAUUGGGGUCGGGAUUCAACUGGCUUCCACAAUUUGUUCAUCAAUGGAGGGAAAGUUGGUGGUUGGAUCGAUUCUUUCGGCUGUACAUGUGUAUAGUGUCGUAGAGCAGAUGCGAGGAGUACCGAUCAACACACUGAAUCCACAGAGAACCGCUUUGAUCGUGGCUAAUUUUCUGAAGACUGGUCAAGUCCCAAGCCCUCCUGAUCUAAGAUUCCAAGAAGACCUAUUGUUCCCCGAGAGGCCAAUCCAAGAUGCAGGAAAUGUGAAAGUGGGCAGGGCUCUGCAUAAAGCUGUGAAGCCUUCUCAGGUGCAGAAACUAAAAGAAGUGUUUGUAGAAGAGAAGUUCCUAUUGAGUCAAGGUAAAUCAUGGACCGAUAUGGUCUUAGAGCACGAUGCUACUGGUGAAGAUGCAUUGCGAGGGUGGUUAGUUGCAGCAUAUGCCAAGUCAAUGACAAAGAUUUACAAUGACCCUGAUGAUAUAAUAUUGCAAGACGCAUAUGAGAAAAUGAACGAUGUCUUCAAUCCAUUUUUAUCUCAAGUACAGGCUAAAGGAUGGUAUACCGAUAGAUUUCUCGAUGGUGGCACGGGAACAAGAUUCGCUUGGUAGCUUUGAGUUUCUGGUAAUAUUUUUUGUUUUCAAGUGUGAACAAGGAAUGGUAGGCAUGAGAAGUCUUUGUCCAUAUCAUGAAUCCACAAUCUAGUGCUUGAAGACUAGUGUCAGAUUGUUUGGUGAAACCAAAGUAGAUAGAAAGUUUGAAGGUACGGUUCUGGUCCUCGUGUGUACUUUUGUCUUUGCCGUUGUAGGUCUACAUACAUUAUUAUAUUAUAUAAAUCAGUGAAAGUGGAAUCUGAUUAUGCUUUUUGUGGAAAUAUUUUAUUUAAGUGAAAAAGUAGAUAUUUCUGU